GGCAGGCUCCUCCCUCCUAAGCAGUCAGUCACACAGUAAGGGACAGACCGGGUACCCGGGCAUCGCAGGCAGCGGCGGUACGAGGGUAGCGGACAACAGUGACACAGCGGCGCGAACCACCGGGGCAAGAGGCAGCAUCAGCAGUACGUGACUAGAGACGGGAAAACCGGCAAUACCGGCAGCCAGUGCUCAGCGGCACAACCCGGACACCAAACAUGGCCUCCGGAUCAGAUUCUAAAGCAGAUGACUUAUCCACUGCAAUUCUCAAGCAGAAAAACCGGCCCAAUCGGUUGAUUGUCGAUGAAGCCAUCAAUGAAGACAACAGCGUGGUCUCCUUGUCCCAGGCCAAGAUGGACGAGCUUCAGCUGUUCAGGGGAGACACCGUUCUCCUAAAGGGGAAGAAGAGGCGAGAAGCCGUCUGCAUUGUCCUGUCGGACGACACCUGCUCGGACGAGAAGAUCCGCAUGAACAGAGUGGUCCGUAACAAUCUGAGGGUCCGACUAGGAGAUGUGAUCAGCAUCCAGCCCUGCCCUGAUGUGAAGUACGGCAAACGGAUCCAUGUCUUACCCAUGGAUGACACAGUCGAAGGGAUCACUGGGAAUCUGUUUGAGGUUUAUCUUAAGCCUUACUUCUUGGAAGCCUACAGACCAAUCAGGAAAGGGGACAUCUUUCUGGUGCGCGGUGGGAUGCGUGCCGUGGAGUUCAAGGUGGUGGAGACUGAUCCCAGCCCAUACUGCAUAGUGGCCCCAGAUACCGUAAUUCACUGUGAAGGAGAGCCCAUCAAGCGCGAGGAUGAAGAGGAGUCACUCAAUGAAGUGGGUUAUGAUGACAUUGGUGGCUGCAGAAAGCAGUUGGCCCAGAUUAAGGAGAUGGUGGAGCUGCCGCUCAGACAUCCAGCGCUUUUCAAAGCUAUUGGCGUGAAGCCUCCACGUGGUAUUCUGCUAUACGGACCCCCAGGAACUGGAAAGACCCUCAUUGCUCGGGCUGUGGCUAAUGAAACGGGUGCAUUUUUCUUUCUGAUUAAUGGCCCGGAGAUCAUGAGCAAACUGGCUGGUGAGUCUGAGAGCAACUUGCGCAAAGCGUUCGAGGAGGCCGAGAAGAACGCCCCUGCUAUCAUCUUCAUAGAUGAAUUGGAUGCCAUCGCCCCGAAGAGAGAGAAGACACACGGUGAGGUGGAACGCCGCAUUGUGUCGCAGCUGUUAACGCUCAUGGAUGGGCUGAAGCAAAGGGCGCAUGUCAUCGUUAUGGCUGCAACGAACAGACCCAACAGCAUUGAUCCGGCACUCAGGCGAUUCGGUCGCUUUGACAGGGAGGUUGAUAUUGGAAUCCCUGAUGCCACCGGUAGACUGGAAAUCUUACAGAUUCACACCAAGAACAUGAAGCUGGCUGAUGAUGUCGAUCUGGAACAGGUGGCUAAUGAAACCCAUGGACACGUAGGCGCCGAUCUGGCCGCUCUGUGCUCAGAGGCUGCCCUCCAGGCCAUCCGCAAGAAGAUGGAUCUCAUCGAUCUGGAGGAUGAGACUAUAGAUGCCGAAGUGAUGAAUUCGCUGGCUGUCACCAUGGAUGACUUUAGAUGGGCCCUGAGCCAGAGUAACCCGUCGGCACUGCGUGAGACCAUUGUAGAGGUUCCUCAGGUUACCUGGGAGGACAUCGGCGGCCUGGACGAUGUGAAGAGAGAACUCCAGGAACUGGUGCAGUACCCCGUGGAGCAUCCAGACAAGUUCUUGAAGUUUGGAAUGACUCCUUCCAAGGGUGUCCUGUUCUAUGGGCCUCCUGGAUGCGGUAAAACUCUCCUAGCCAAGGCCAUUGCCAACGAAUGCCAGGCGAACUUCAUCUCCAUCAAAGGUCCAGAGCUGCUCACCAUGUGGUUUGGAGAGUCUGAAGCCAACGUCAGAGAGAUCUUUGACAAGGCUAGGCAGGCUGCUCCCUGUGUACUCUUCUUUGAUGAGUUGGACUCCAUAGCCAAAGCCCGAGGUGGUAACGUCGGUGACGGCGGUGGAGCCGCUGACAGAGUUAUCAACCAGAUCCUAACAGAGAUGGAUGGCAUGUCCACAAAGAAGAACGUGUUUAUCAUCGGCGCCACCAACAGACCCGACAUCAUUGACCCCGCCAUCCUGCGUCCCGGACGUCUGGACCAGCUCAUCUACAUCCCCCUGCCAGACGAGAAAUCGCGCAUGAAUAUCCUGAAGGCCAACCUGAGAAAGUCUCCUGUUGCUAAGGAUGUUGACCUUGACUUCCUGGCCAAGAUGACCAACGGCUUCUCUGGCGCUGAUUUGACGGAGAUCUGUCAGCGCGCCUGCAAACUGGCCAUCCGCGAAUCCAUCGAGAACGAGAUCAAGAGGGAGCGGGAGAGGCAGACCAACCCUUCCGCAAUGGAAGUGGAGGAGGAUGACCCUGUGCCAGAAAUUCGCAAGGAUCACUUCGAGGAGGCCAUGCGCUUUGCCCGCCGCUCUGUCAGCGACAACGAUAUCAGAAAAUACGAGAUGUUCGCACAGACCCUGCAGCAGAGCCGCGGAUUUGGCAGCUUCAGAUUUCCAUCUGGUAGCCAAGGAGGAGCCGGUCCCAGUCAAGGUGCCGGUGGAGGCAGCGGCGGGAGUCAUUUUACCGAGGAAGAGGACGAUCUCUACGGCUAGACGAGGCCUUUCUCACCGUCCGGGUUGUACAGCGAAGAAAUUCCUGCGUUAAUGGACACUCUGCUUUUCAUUCCUCAGUCAGACCGCCGUAGCUGCACACACCGCUCCCGAUUUAUUGUUUUGUUGUUACGGGUCUGUGAAGAGGGGAGCCAAAUUUUGUCAGGAUCGGGCUACAACAUUUCUUUCCCUUCUUUCCGCCCGUCCCAAAGCCGCUGUAGCUCUUUGAUAAAGGAAAAAAAAAAGUUUUGCGCAGUCAACGAGUUCCUGUAACGUGACAUUUUGUACUAUUCCUUCAGCACCUGGGAUGCAUGCAAUGCGUAGCCGUGACGGCCCUCAACCUCCUCUCGCUUAUCUUUCGGCAGCGAAGUCCUCCUCCACUUGUGACGGGGGCCGGCGUGCGGCUGCUGCCCUCGUACAACGUGACGGGGGGGUCUUUUCGCGUGUAAAUGCUGAAAGAUGGUGAUAGUGUUGGCGGGAAGAUCAAGCGGCCGUGCUUUGGCUCUUGGCAUUGUAGGCCUCUCCAGAUCUGAAAGGAUCUCCCCCCUCGGGUGGAUUUAAAACAUAGAGUGGAAUUUUUUUAUGUUGGUAUUGGGCUUAUAAUGUUAUUGGAUCCAAGCGAAGAAAAAAAUAAAAUACAUGCAGGUUGUUGGAAUCUAACGUGAGAAUAAACUGACUGAUCACUGAA